AUAGAUCAGUUCAGCUUACCAUGGCGAAAAUGGCUUCAGGUAAGACUCUGCUGUCGUUCGUAGUGAUUCUUUUCUUGGUGGCUUGUGUUCAGGAGGUACAUGAGGUGCAAGGUACGAGUCUCACGAACAGAGAUCAAGGACUGAAUCAGACGGAAAUGAUGGAACUUUGGAAGAAUUUGCAAGAAAGAGUGGAACAACUGGAAGCCAAGGAAAAAUCAUGCUUACGAGGAAGAGAUGGUCGUGAUGGAAUACCUGGACCACCAGGUGCACCAGGAAUGACAGGCAAACCAGGAAGCAAAGGACAACAAGGACCUUCUGGACCAGGAGGGGUGGUGUACAUACGAUGGGGAAAGACAACAUGCCCUUCGGAUACUACAGUUGUUUAUCAAGGUCGUAUUGGUGGCCAGUACUACACGUCCACUGGAGGAGGUUCUAAUUACGUGUGUCUCACCUUAAGCCCACGAUUUGGAAAGUACAAAGAUGGUCUUAAUAAUAACGGAUACAUUUACGGCUCGGAAUAUGAAACUGCUUACUUCAACCCAUUCAGCCAAAAAAACCUCCUACACCAAGAUGCUCCGUGUGUAGUCUGCCACGUCCAGRCCCGAAGCACCAAGCUGAUGGUCCCUGGAACUUACGUGUGUCCUGCGGGAUGGACAAGAGAGUACUGGGGAUACCUGAUGAGUGAAAAGCAUAACCACAAACAUACCACAGAAUACAUCUGUGUAGAUAAAGAUGCCGAAUACGUCCCAGGAAGUGGUGCUGACAACCAUGGUGCCCUGCUGUACCCAGUUGAAGGACGCUGUGGUUCUUUACCUUGUCUUCCAUACGUAGAAGGUCGUGAGCUGACAUGCGCAGUGUGUACCAAAUGAGCAACAAAACGGUAAAUAAUGAAACGAACUACUGCCCAACGAAAAGUGAUCCUGGACAACACAACACGAUUACUUCUAGUUCUCAAACUAUGCUAGAUUAAGAUGAAUUUGCUUCUGAUAAUAAAACAUAAAUGAAUAGA